GUAAGUUAGAGGGAAAGACCGAGCGGUCGCAGACGACGGGCAGCAAGGGUGCGUUUGCGCAACAACCCUUAGGAACGCUCUCAUUUGCCGCCUCGGCUCGGGUAUAAAAACGCAGCCCUCUCCCCGAGCCGAUUCAGUUUGUCAGCGAACGCCGAAAGAAGACGACGACGACGAGAAGUGAAGUGAAGAGACGAGACGAGAGUGAGAGACGAGAGAUCUAAGAGGAGCGGCACACUCCGACACAUAGAACAAAGUUUCACCUAGCCAACAUAAGACCAUAAACCAUCAGCCAUCAAUAUGCUCAAGUGGACAGCAUCAACACAGCGACUGCACGAGCUGCCUUCGACGGCAACACAACAGCCUCGAGCCGCCGUGGUGCGACGUCAGCGUAGACAGCGACGUGCCACGAUUGCCAACAAGGAGAAUGUGCCCAGUGUGGGCUACACAUCCACACCCAUGCCUCUGGAGAGGUUGCGCAACAGUCCGCUGGUCCUGGCACCCCUCAGCGAUAUACGCAACGUCACCCCGGAGUCACGUUCGCCAGCCGGAAGAUCACCGCAGCCACAACAGCAGCGGCAGCCAGCACGUCUGAUGGUGCAAAGUGUGCGGUAUGCAACCACCUUGCCACGUUACGAGGAGGAGUAUUCACCCAGUGCACUGCCGGCGGGUCAGCAUUUGGCAUUGCGGGGUCUGUUGCCCCUCGAUCCGUUCAUGGAGCAGCCACGUUACCUGGCCGCAGCACAGCAGCUGAAGAAGCGCAAACUGGAGGCGGAUUUUGUGGCCACCAUGGAUGCAAGUCCAUCGGAAGCAACUCAAGUUGCUGCUGAGCCAAUUGCCGAGGUGGCCGAGAAGUCAGCGAAACCAGUGACCCGUCCGGUGACCCCGCAACCCUCGUCCACCCAGAUGGGUGAUCAGACGCUGGACAAGCUCAUCGAUGCCAUACUUGACUCCGCCUGCAAAUCGGAUCCGAGCAGUCGCAAAAAACCACGCAAAUCGUUCAAUCUGCGACGUCGCACACUGGUCAAACAGCAACUGGAGUCGCAAUGCCAUGCGGCCAUGCUUUCGCCAUCCUAUGCUGCCGGCGAUGAUCCUGCCAGCGAUCUAAGCUUUGCCCUGCUGCCGCUUCCUGGCACUCCGGAGCCGGCUUCGCCCCUCAACCCGUUGCCACACAGUGUGUUGCUCCAGUUGCCGACGCCGCAGCAAUCAAAUGCUGCCUCGCACUCGGACACCUUUUGUCUGGCCACACCAGUGCGUCCUCUGAAACGUGGUCGUGCCCCAGAGAGGCAAGCGGUCGCAUCGGAUGUUGCAAGUGCCGUGGAGUCGCCACUGAAGCGCUACAAAGUUGAUGCGCGCAACUACUUCGAGGUGGGAUUGGCGCUGCCUUCCUCCAUAUACGUCUAG